AUGAUCACCCUGCAACUAUCCAGUACUGACAUUGCUGUGAUCACUCUGCAACUAUCCAGUACUGACAUUGCUGUGAUCACCCUGCAACUAUCCAGUACUGACAUUGCUAUGAUCACCCUGCAACUAUCCAGUACUGACAUUGCUGUGAUCACCCUGCAACUAUCCAGUACUGACAUUGCUGUGAUCACCCUGCAACUAUCCAGUACUGACAUUGCUGUGAUCACCCUGCAACUAUCCAGUACUGACAUUGCUGUGAUCACCCUGCAACUAUCCAGUACUGACAUUGCUGUGAUCACUCUGCAACUAUCCAGUACUGACAUUGCUGUGAUCACCCUGCAACUAUCCAGUACUGACAUUGCUGUGAUCACCCUGCAACUAUCCAGUACUGACAUUGCUGUGAUCACCCUGCAACUAUCCAGUACUGACAUUGCUGUGAUCACCCUGCAACUAUCCAGUACUGACAUUGCUGUGAUCACCCUGCAAUUAUCCAGUACUGACAUUGAUGUGGUCACCCUGCAACUAUCCAGUACUGACAUUGCUGUGAUCACCCUGCAACUAUCCAGUACUGACAUUGAUGUGGUCACCCUGCAACUAUCCAGUAUUGACAUUGCUGUGAUCACCCUGCAACUAUCCAGUAUUGACAUUGAUGUGGUCACCCUGAAACUAUCCAGUACUGACAUUGAUGUGAUCUCCUUGCAACUAUCCUGUACUGCUAUUGCUGUGAUCUCCCUACAACUAUUCAUUACUAACAUUGCUGUGAUCUCCCUUUGUAAUUAUUCCGUACUAUUAUUGCUCCUAGUGUGA